GUGUGUUACAAUGGUAGCUAUGGUAGCCUCGGCGUCCGGAUACGGCACUCUUCGCCGGUUUCUGAGCGCACCUGAUGGCCAAGAGACGGAGAACACCGGUAUUGUCCCGAGCGCCUCAGUCGCGGUCUCGUCAAAGCAGCGAGCGUCGAUUAAAUGGCUGUUGUCGAAGGCAUUCAAUAACCGGGUACCGGAUAAUCUUCAAGAACCGUUCUACAGGGAUCACGAGGAUCAAGAACACUUGAAGCCUCCGAUCGUAGGUGGUCUGGCCAACGCGGAGUUGUACUGCCUCGCGUUGGCCAACAUGUACUCGGAUCCCAAUUACCACAGCCUCAACCACUGGAACAUUCUGCAGACGUUGGCGCGGAAGGGCGUACACGUGCCCGACCCGCCGGACUGCGCGCUCACAGAGACUGUGCUCAUACAGACUAAUCCACUUAAAAUGGGCGCACAUUUGGCUGUGAUAGAAGCUCUCAUGGUGCUAUACGCGCGCGAGGUGGUGACCCUGGACCGCGUGUCGGCGGCCGCGCAGCGUUUCGGUACGAGUCAGCCGCUGCCGGCCGGCUCCAGCGUGCCGCACGAGGACGGCCUGCUGUGCUGGAUCAACGCGGCCUGCGCGGCGCUUAAUAAGGCUGAGGAGAACCCGUCGAAGCACGUGCCGGCGGUGUCGAGCCUGCAGGAGCUGUGCGACGGCGCGGCGCUGGCGGCGCUGGUGUCGUUCUACUGCCCGGAGGCGCUGCCGCGCGGCGCCGUGCGCGUCGGCCGCCUCGCCUCGCUGCAGGACUGCCUGCACAACCUCGUGCUGGUGUACGAGUUCUGCCGCGCCGCGCUGCCGCACAACAUCUUCCAUAUGAUGCCCGAGGACGUCACAUACAUGCGAGGAUCAAUGCGACAAAAUUUGAUAGCACUGCUCGCAGAUCUCUUCAACAUAUUAGAAGUACACCCCGUCAAAUCCGUUAAAUACCCUGGUAGCGCGGGCGCGGAGAGCAACGCGCACGGCGUGCGGCACAGGCGCUGCCUGCCGCCGCCGCCGCCGCAGCCCAUCCCCGAGCUGCGCGCCGCGCCCUCGCCCGCGCCCGCGCCCGCCCAUAACGCCGCGUGCCCGCCCGCAGUGCCGCGCUCGCCGCCCGCGCUGGCGCGCGCGCGCCUGCCGUCCGCCGGCCGCUCGCCGAGCUCCACGCCCGAGCGGCGCAGCUGCUCCCCGCAGCGCGACGACUUCGUGGUGCACAGCCGCCGCGCCAUCACCACGCUCUCCGCCAUGGCGCGCCGGGACGACGAGACGUUCAACGAGCACGUGACGGCGGCGGGGCGGCCGUCCAACUGGGGCGAGGCGCGCGAGGGCAGCUUCGCGGGCCGGCGCUCGCGGCGCUCGUCCGUCAGCGACGACAGCCAGCUCACCGUGGAGAACUUCGGCGGCUCGCAGGACCGCCUGCACUUCGCCGGCCGCAACCCCGAGAAGGAGCUCGCCACCGUCGCCGCGCUCGCCGCGGCGCGCAAGAUCUCCGCGCCCGCCGCGCCCCUUGACUACAACCCGCCGCUGCGCUCGUCGCGGCAGGACAUCCGCGGCUCCAUCCAGUUCUUCCACGGCGACUACCACAACGGGUCCGCCGACGAGCGCGGCAGGGUGGAGCGCCAGCACUCGCAGCCGAGCGCGGAGCCUCCCGCGCCCCUCCGGCGCCAGCUCAGCAGCGACGCCAUCGCCCUCGACCGCGGGGACCGCGGGGAGCUCCGGGACCAGAGGGGCGGCGGCGACGGCUUCUACCUCAAUGAACGGGACGCGCCAGACGGCGACGUCACCAAGACCAGCUUCGCCGAUCUCAGUAAAAUAAGGAAUAACGGCGAUCAGGCAGAGUCUCCCCGCAAGACGUCGUUCGCGGGUGGGACCACGACGUGGCAGCAACACUUUCUUCAGCACGAAACCCAGACCAACGGCGAGUCCCCGGCGGAGGAGGGCGCGGCGCCGGCGAUGGCGGCGCAGCUGAACAACAUCCGCCUGAAGCUGGAGGAGAAGCGGCGCCGCAUCGAGCUGGACAAGCGGCGCGUGGAGCUGGCCGCCAGCCGCCAGCGCCAGCAGCUCGGCCAGCAGGCCUUCCUGCAGGCCGUCACCCGGGGCAAGGGCGCGCGCACGCCGGCCGACGACGCGGACCACGCGCAGGAAAUGGUCGUCGAAGCGCCGAACCAAGCGGCAGAAAACGCGGCGCUGGAGCAGUAUCAGCAGUCUAUAGCAAAGUAAGUGGCAUUUGUGUUUAUCAUCACUCCAGUACCUAAUAUUUACAGAAUGAACUCCAGCCUGCAGGACAUCCAGAGCGACAUCGCGCGCCUCGCCAGUCAGCAGAGCCAGUUGCAACAGCAGCAACAACAGCACCAACAGAACCAACAGAACCAACAGCUGCAGCAACAGUUACAACAACAGCAACAACAGUUGCAACAGCAGCAACAACAAAUACAACAGCAACAGCAGCAGGCGAAGCAAAUGUUCCAACAACAUCAGCAACCUCAGUCGCCGUUCCAACAACAGUACCAGCCAAACAUUCCUCAACUACACAGCCAAUUCAGCUCACAGCACAAUGUGUCGCGGCCGCUCAACGCGUUCGGCUCGACGCCGCACCUGCCGCGCGACUUCUACAACUACGAGAGCCCGGGCCCGGGCCAGCAGGGCGGCCAGCAGGGCAACCCGCAGGCCGGCCAGCCGGGCUUCCAGUACCAGUACAGGGACAUAGAGCAAGAGUUCGCUCGGCCGCAGUUCUACCUGCACGACAGCCCCGCGCCGCCGCAGCGCCGCACGUGGGCGCAGCACGCGCAGCUGCAGCAGGACGGCGAGCUGCGCGGCUGGCAGCUCCAUCAGCAAAAUCAUCAGCAAAACCAGUACCAGCAACCGCAACCCGAGCCGGCGCAGAGGACGUGGAAGUCCCCCUCGCCCCAACCUCCCCCCGAGAGGAACUGGAACCCGCAGGGCUUCGUCCUCCACGAGAGGGCGAGCCAGCCCUUCCAGGUGCACUACAACGCCGACCGGUACCAGAACGGCACCGAGAACGCCCGAGAGACGCAGAACCACCUGAGCUACACUGUGAUAAACGCGUCGCAGUCGCCGCCCGCGAGCAGCCCGCGCCGGCCGCGCACGCCGCAGCGCCAGGGCUCGCUGCCCGAGGCGCGGCGGCCCGAGCCGCUGGGCCUGCAGCAGCUGGGCCUGCAGCCGCUGCACGCGCCCGCGCCGCCCGACGACAUGGAGCCGCAGAACAUCUCCUUCAUCGGCAGCGCCGAGGACGACGCGCUGCGCCAGGGCAUCGACCGCCUCAACAUCUCGUCCGGCACGCGCACCUACCGCAUCCCCUCGCCGACGAGACCCUCGCUCGGCCGGAACUCGUUCCGGCGCCCCGACGAGCCCGCCGAGACGAACGAGAAGGGUUUCUACAUAUCGUUCGACAACGAGCAGCCGAAGCGACCGAAGCCGCCGCUCCGAGCGAAGCGAGGCUCUCCGCGGAAGGAGCGUUCCGAGUACACGAGUCCCGAGCGCAGCCCCGAGAAUACGUGGAUCGAGCGAGACGACAGGCGGGAGGAACGAGACGAACGAGUCGAAGAGCGGCGAGAAACACCGCGCAUGGAGGCGCCGCGGGAGCGAGCGCGCCCGCCCAGCGCGGAGCCCGCCGCGCUCGUCAUCGGCGAGCUCAACCCCGACCCCAACUCGGCCGAGGAGAUGGAGCGCAAGAAGGAGCGCAUCAUGCUGCUGUCGCUGCAGCGGCGCCAGCGCGCGGACGAGGCGCGCGCGCGCGCGGAGGCGGCGGCGGCGGCGCGGCGCGCGCGCGACGAGGCCGAGGCCGAGCUCAAGGCGGCGCGGCGCGAGGAGCAGGCGCGCCGCCGGCAGGCCAUCCUCGCGCAGUACAAGCUCAAGAAGGCCGCCGAGGAGGCGGAGCGCGAGGGCAAGGUCUUCGACAAGUCCGACUUCCUCGAGACGCUGCAGCGCGGCGCGGGCGGCGGCGGCGGGGGCGGCGCGGGGGGCGGGGCUCGGCUGCGAGGCAAGCUGCCGGCCCGCGCUCGCCCGAAGACCAUCCACGUGGACAGCGGCGCGCUGCAGGCCGCCGAGGGCAUCCUGGCCAGCAAGCAGCCCUCCUCCACCAACCUCACCGGCACUAUGCGACGCGACUACUACCGCGGCUCUCAGGACAACCUCGCCGAGAGGGCGCAUCUCUAUAGAGAGUCUCCAGUGGAGGAGCGCGGCGGCGUGUCUCCCGGCAGCGCGUCCAGCGGUCUCGGGCGCCGCGGCUCCUGCAAGACCUCGCGAGAGCGUGUGAAUGAUGAACCACAGUCGACACGUGGAAGGUCUAAAUAUUCCACUUACCAGAAUAACUUUAAGGCGGGGAGGAAAUCUAGCUCUCUUAUGAACUUGUGCGACUCGGGGCUGGGCCGCGCCACGCCGCCGCGCCGCGCCGCGUCGCCCGGCCUGCGCGCGCUGGGCUCGCCCGCCUCGGGCCCCGGCUCGCUGCCCGGCGCGCUGCCCGGCCUGCCCGGCCUGCCCGGCGCCAUCGGCAAGCGCCGCCACGACGACUCCUCCGACGUCUCCUCCACGCACUCCUCCAUCAUGGACUACUCGGGCCCGCGGCUGUACAAGCAGCCCGCCACGAAGUCCAACCGCGGCCUCAUGCUGAACGCCGUGGAGUACUGCGUGUUCCCGGGCGCCGUGAACGCGGAGGCCAAGCGGCGCGUGCUGGAGGAGAUCGCGCGCUCCGAGAGCAAGCACUUCCUCGUGCUGUUCCGCGACGCGGGCUGCCAGUUCCGCGCGCUCUACAGCUACUGCCCCGACAGCGACGCCGUGGCCAAGCUCUACGGCACCGGCCCGCGCCACGUCAACGACCGCAUGUUCGACAAGUUCUUCAAAUACAAUUCGGGAAGCAAGUGCUUCUCGCAGGUGCACACGAAGCACUUGACGGUCACGAUCGACGCGUUCACGAUACACAACUCGCUGUGGCAGGGCAAGAAGGUCCAGCUGCCCAGCAAGAAGGACAUGGCGCUCGUCAUAUAGAGCCGGGCUCCCGCUAUCCACAUCUAGUCGCAGGCGGCGGCCGAGGCGAGCCUUAUUUAUCUUCAGUUUACGCUUCGGUAGCGCGUGAAGCCAGUGUUGUUAUAUCGGUUAGUGUGUUUCGUGGAGUGAGAAUUUCAUUUCACGGACUGUCCGGGUCGUCGGACGCGUUCGCUCCGUCUCAAUGAUCGUAGAUUAAAAAGACUAAUAUGUAUGCCGCUGACGACUCGCUCCGGAGGAGUGUCGUCAGUUAGUGAGUCAUUUGCGACGUUUUUAUUAAACGUUAUGCAAUUGCGAAUGAGGUCUGUGUCAUAUUGUACAGUUAGUAUGGAUGGGAGAUCGAAAACUCGAAUUUGAUCGGUGGGAAACUCGUACCCUGACUGGAGCGUUCUAGAAAUCUUAAUUAAAAAAAAUAUAUCAGCUUCGAGGCGUUGUUUACGAUUUUAACGUGUUUUAGCGUAAUUAUUGCUUAAGUAAAAUGCAUUGGCUUUAAUAAUGUAUGUUUAAACGUGCGACGCGCUCCAGUUGGGAGACGAGCGUGUAGACGGCGGUUGUGUAUCGAAUGGUCCGAAAAGCGUUUUGGUUUGUUUUGCGUGAGUAACGUUUUAUUUAGAUUUCGUUUGCACUCUUAGGAAACGAUUCGUUCGAUUAGUAAUUUCGAAAGUUGCAAAGAAUCUUUUUAUACAGACUCAAUAUGUGAUAUAGGCUGAGAAGUAUAAAACGUAUACCAAUAUUUAAUGUAAGCAAAUUAAGUUUAUGAUUGAGAUGUGACUUUCGAAAUGCCUAAGGAAUUCAUUUUUUUUUCAGCCAGUAGCGGCUAGUCGUACCAUGAACUUUUCACACUCUCGUACAAAUAUUAAUUAAUAAUAAACUCUGAAUUUUAUGUUUCAAGAAAUAUAUAAUACUUUAUUCUAUUCGUUACAUAUUAUUGUUCAAACAAAUAUUUCCUUAUCGCAGACAUUAUUUCAUUAAUUUGCGUCAAGUCUGGAGUAUUUUUUUCGCGUGUACGGGGACUCAGAAUUUGUACACGAGUGUGGAGAAGCGCUCACACGUUAGCAGUCGCUUAGUUCGAUAGAGCGCGGUCAUUGAGCGACGUUUGCCAUAUGUUUAGUGAGACGGUCGAUACGUUCCAACGUGUCUCAACUUUUAGAUAAAUGAACUCGCCGACUCUCGGCUCUAUUUUGACGUUUGCGAUCUUUAUUCACUGCCAUUUUAUUAUAAUACUCAAUUUUAAAAAGCUGUUUUUAUGUGCGACGUUUCUGGAACGUCGUUUUAUUAAUUCUCGAUUAGUGACUAAGAUUUUAAAAUGUUGUUGUAAACAUACCUUGGCGCCAAAGUGUAGGGGAAUAGUCAGAUAGCCGUUAGAUGAAGUUCGAAUUUGAAUGUUUUUAAAUAGCCGAGUUACUCGGUCAGCGAUGAAUACGAGUCGAACGUCAGAAUACGCGGGAGCGGUCGGCGAGUUGUAAGCGAAUGCCUUGUCGUAUAUCGUAAGGAAAUAACAAAUUCACAAACUAAUCUUUGCUUACGUAAUAUGUAAUAUGUAACUUGUUAGUGAUUAUUUUCAAUUGACUGGAGUUAUGAUUAAGAUAAUGAAUAUUCGUUUAAAUGACCUUGAAUUAUGUUGAUUAAAAUACAAUUUUUUACCGCUUGUAUAGCUAAAAAUAAGACAAGGCACAUUUUACGUGGUAAUUGUACUGCCUUACUCUGUAAAUAAUUGUUUUCUUUUUUGUAUACAGCUAUUUAUUAAAACGAUGUUAAACGAAAAAUUGAUGAAUGUCAUUUUUCAUUGUUCAAUGAUUGGUCAUCAAAUUAUAUACUACCGAUAGUGUAUGGUAUGCAAAUAUAUUGUAUUAUUAAAAAGCAUAACGAAAUAAUAUUGAAUUUCAUAUUAA